AACGAGCAAGGGUUUUAGUUCCAUCAUUCCCAAAUCUGUUGAACUCUUCCGUUCCCGGCGGGCGGCGGCUGGUUUAGGCGGCGAGGUGACGGCGGAUCUCCAUCGAUUCCUUUGUUGUUCUUCGGUCCCUCCUCUCUUUCUCCUCUAGUAAAACACGCGGAGACUCGAUCCAAGAUGGGUGGGUGCUGCUGCUGUUUCCCCUCUAAACCCCCAAGGGAGAACCCAAUGCACCCAGCCGCAGAGUCGCUCAUCCAGCGGAAGCCCAAUCACACCCUUCCCUGCCAUCAACCGCCCCCGGUGAUCACCCAUACUCAAAAGGGUAUGAACGCUGUCGUGCGCCUGAAGACCGGCUUCGAGCGUUUCAGAACGAAUGUGUACAUGAAGAAUCCGAAGCUUUUUGAAUCACUUAAAAAGGACCAGUCUCCCAAGUACAUGGUGUUUGCAUGUGCUGACUCGCGUGUGUCUCCGACAAUAACCCUCGGCCUGAAUCCAGGAGAGGCCUUCACUGUUCGAAAUAUUGCCGGAAUGGUUCCUGCCUAUCGAAAGACAAGGGACUGCAGCAUCGGGUCAGCCAUCGAGUUUGCCGUGGUUGUCCUCAAGGUUGAGUGCAUUGUUGUGAUUGGUCACAGCCGCUGUGGUGGAAUUAGGGAACUACUCUCGCUGAAGAAUGGAGGGCCUAAUGCCUACCACUUCAUUGAGGACUGGGUGAAGAUCGGUAUGGAGGCCAAGAAGAAGGUCCAGAGAGAAUACAGGUUGUUGCCUUUUGAUGACCAAUGCACCGUGUUGGAAAAGGAGGCCGCCAAUGUGUCCCUUAGAAAUUUGAAGUCGUAUCCGUUCGUCAAGGACAGACUGAACAAGGGCGCGCUCAAUUUGAUUGGUGCCCGCUACGACUUCGUCUGCGGAAGCUUCGAAACGUGGAAUGCCUGACGUCAAGUAGUGCACAAACGGUUGGUUAGCCAGUCGCAAAUAUUUCGUCGAAUAAGGCUAGCUGCAUACAUCGCUGUUUGCUGGGUUUGCAUUCCGUGCGAGUCCUUUGGGUACCAAUUAGCAUAGGGUUUUUGUUUUUAAAACAAGGCAAAAGGCUUGUCAUUUCAUUAUUUAAGAGAGAAGGUUUGUAACAAAGCCCAACAGAGGGGAAGAAAAAAAUGUCCGCAUAUGUUCACAACACAUAUGUCGACAAUCGCUAAAAGAAGUCGUUCAAAAUUCGACAUACGCAUAAAGAAAA